GCCGACAGGCACCCUGGAGUUCCUGUUCGACCGGCUGGCCGACACCAGCGGGGCGGUGCAGGUCUCGGCCGUGGCGCUGCUGGCGCAGAGCUGGGCGAGCGAGCCCGUGCUCUUCCGGUGCUUCAGGGACCUGUGCCCCGGCGCCCUGCCGUCGCUCUUCCGCGUGCCGGGGGCGGCGUCGGUGUUUGCGGAGGUGAAGGCGAGCGGGGGCUCCGCCGGAGCCGUCGUCCCGAUCGUCACGGAGAUCGCCCUUCGGCUCUGCAACGGGGGCGUUGUCGACACGAAGGCGUCGCGGAAGGCGCGGAGGCGCUACUUCGACGUGAAGCGCGAGCAGAAGAACCGGAAGCGCCUGGAAGGGGACGAGAGCGGCGACGAGGGGCCCGACGAUGAGGGCGAGGACGACGCCUGCUUCGGCAUGGGGGUGAGCAAGGCCCAG